ACCGAUGAAGGGGGCGGUGUGUCCACAUCCAGGAAGUAAUCAGAGAGCAGUUGACUACAUCACUGAAUGGCACGGCUAGCUCAGAGUGCAUGGUCUCCUAUUCUGCCCUGGUGACUUUAUAAACAACGAUGUCUCCUGAUGAGCUGGUGUACCUAGGGGUACUAGCUGCCUCGAUCCCCGUCGGCUUCCUCUUUCGUUAUCUUAGUCCUCCCGUGAAGCAAGGAGCAGGCUUGCUGUUGGGACUGUCCCUCACCAUAGCAACCUGUCAGAUCCACGCCCUCCACUCUCUGGUGACAGUGAUUGGAACAUGGAUAAUUAUCAAGAGUACCUGGCGGUGCGCCCCAGCCCUGUGCCUCGGGUGGACGUUUCUCUACCUCCUAUUCUUCCGACUGGUCACAUGGUUUGGUCUGCCGGCGCCAACGCCAUUCGCCAACGCCAUCCAGCUUCUGCUCACCCUCAAGAUGGUGAGUCUAGCAAAUGAGGUGCAAAGUUACCACCUGGAGAAGAAGAAGGAAGUGAGCUCGUUCUCCAAAUCCCCCGUCAUAGGUGGGCUGUCUGCAGAGCCCUCCCUCUAUGACAUGCUCUCCUAUAGUUACUGCUACGUGGGCAUCAUGACAGGGCCCUUCUUCCGCUUCCAAACCUACGUGGACUGGCUGAGGCAGCCCAGCCCCCUCACCCUGCCCGCCGUGGCCCCCUGCUUACAGCGGCUGAAGCUCGUCCCUGUCUAUGGAGCCCUGUUCCUGGCUGUCAACUCUGUCUUCCCCCUGGGCUACGUCCGCACAGAUGACUUCCUCAACGACAACUUCUUCUUCAGGUUGUUCUACAUGACCGCGGUGUUCUUCGUGUUCCGCAUGCGCUUCUACGCGGCGUGGUGCGCGGCGGAGGCGGGCUGCAUCAGCGCCGGACUGGGCUGCUACCCCGAGGGGGCCAUGUCCAAACCCGGAGGGGGGCCCACGGUCAGCUACAGCCCCGACCCUAACGCCCCGGUGGCUUACGACUUCAAGACCAUCCAGAACAUCGACUGCUACAACACAGACUUCUGCGUGAAGGUCCGCCACGGCAUGCGCUACUGGAACAUGACGGUGCAGUGGUGGCUGCACCACUACAUCUACCCCAACUCCCCCUUCAAGGCCUACGUCCUCAGGGCUGGCUGGACCAUGUUCAUCAGCGCCUACUGGCACGGCCUCCACCCAGGCUACUACCUGUCCUUCCUCACCAUACCGCUGUGCAUCGCCGCCGAGUCGGCCAUGGAGGGGUCGGUCCGCGCCCGGCUGGGCCCCGGGGGCCAGAGCGCCUUCGACUGGGUGCACUGGUUCCUCAAGAUGCGGGCCUACGACUACAUGUGCAUGGGCUUCGUGCUGCUGAAGGCCGGCGACACGGUCCACUACUGGACGUCCAUCUACUUCAUCAUCCACGUCCUCGCCGUCGGCUGCAUCGUGUUCGGUCGGCUGACGAGAGGCGGCAAGAGGGGGGAGAAGAGGGGAGAGAAAGAGGAGGGAAAGGUGGAGGAGAUGGAAAGUAAGGAUAAGCUCAAAGAGGGUAUUCGAGCUAAGCAGGACUGAGCUUGAGUGGUGGGAGGUGACAGUGGAUUGGGUAUGCCAAUACAGCUUAACAUUGAAUUUACAUUGCAAAUUACAUGCUGUCGUGUUUACCAAUUUUUAAAUGUUUUGCCGUUCCUGUGUCAGUAUAAUGUUCUCCCUCACAGGAAGCUCCAACUCAUGAUUACGUAACGACGCAACACUUCCAGGAAAUAGUGUGUUAAACCAUUUGAACGUACUGUACAUAUAUACUCCCCAGCAAGUAUUAUGCCACACCAGGCGAACUACGUCUGGGAUCGGUUAAUGCUAUUUUUGUGACAAUGAGAUGUACACAGAUAAUACUCAGCACACGCAUUGAUGAUCUGUUUUUGUGUGAGGAUACUUUACUUCCAAGCCAUGAAAAGGUUUUUUGUUUUUUGUUUGGACAAUGAUCCAGAACCCUUGUUUUCGAUUUGAAGCAAUUCUUCAAAUUUGGGGUUGGUUAACAUGAAAUAUAGUUCAAAUAAAGAGAGUUAUAUGGAUUCAGGGAUCAUGGGCAGACCAACAAUGCGCUCCAUAAUUCACAAGUGGGAGACAAGUGAAGAGAUAGUUCUUCUGUAAUAUACCUGGCUGGAGUGGGUUUUGUGGUUUUGUGUUUAGAUAUUGUGUUUUCAGAAUAUUACUAUCGCUUGUGAUAAAAACCAAAAUACACUCAGACAUUUUAGUUUUAUAUGUGCCAAUGUUCUCAGAAUGGUAUUUGUGCAGGCAAAUUGUAUAAUGCAGUUAUGUACUAUAUAUGUAACUACACCUAUCAGUACAGGCAAAGUUGUGAACAUAACUAAGCAGGCAGACUAAACUAUAAAUUCAAAAUAGGAUUGAUGAUAAAUACAAAUAAAAAACAUUUAACUGUUUACUUUAAUUUAUAAAUUGCCAGGGUACCUGUGCUAGAAUCCCCCUACUGUGGAUCAAUCAAGUCUUCGGAGCAUUCCUUCAUGUGUUGCCUAAAUGGUUUGAUCCGUUCAGUUGUGUCAUCUCAUCAGUCAUGUUUCAAAGGGUUGAGGCCUUGAUCAGAAUCACGGUUGUUACUUCACUGCCAUACUGUCUGGACUGCAAUAAAGAACCACUUCAGGUUUGGAACAAACAUGA